UUCAUAUAAAACGUUCUUAAUCAUUGCCUAUCGCGCACACUUUUGUCGGGACAUCGCAUAGCCAAAGAUGAAGUCUCUCGCAGUUUUGCUGCUUUUCGCGUGCGUUUUAUAUUGCGCAAAUGCGCAACUUAACGCAGUUCAAUUUAUCCGACCGACAACAGAAGAACUCCUACCCACGGAACUGACGGAAGAGCUGCCAACGUUCGUCUAUGAAAAUGAGAAGAAAGACGAGGAUAACGAAAGCCUUGAUGACAAUGAUGAUGAAGAUGAUGACGAUGAAGAGGAUGAUGAAGACGAAGUUGUUCAGGGCGGUAUUUUUGGUCGUCAUAAUCAACGACCCCCUCAAGAAAAAGGAAGAUGUAUAAUGCGUUGCAAGAGGACCUUAACUCAAUGCCGCAGAAAAAGUAGUUCCAGGAAUUGCUUUAUAUUACUUAGAAUGUGUAUGAGAAAGUGUUUUUAUGUUGAAACAAGAAACAAACCUACAAGACCUACCUUCCCUGUAGAAAAAUUUACAAAUGCUUUGGCAUGCACAAGAAAUUGUUUACUUGAGGCAAAGGCUUGUAACAGUGGUUAUUUGCGUUCUUUUGCAUGCAUUUCAAGGAAGAUUAGAUGCUUGGCGAAUUGCAGGCACAAUGAAAAUGAUAAUGAUAGCGUUGAUAACAACGAUGAUGAAGAAGAUGACGAUAAUGAUGAAGAAGUUAUUGGAAAGGAUGAGUUUGAAGAUGAUGAUGAUGAUGAUGAAGAAGAUGGCGAAGAUGAAGUUAUUCCUGAAGAUGAGGAUGAAGGUGAUGAGGAAGAGGAGGUUAUUGAGGAUGAUGAAGAUGAUGAUGAUGAUGUUGAUGAUGAUGAUGUCAUCGAUGAUGAUGAUGAAGAAGAGUACGGUGAAGAGGAUGAUGACGAAGAUGAUGAAGAUGUUAUUGGUGAUGAUGAGGAUGAUGAUCAGGAGGAUGAAGAAGAUGAUGAGGAUGAAGUUAUUCCUGACGAUGAGGAUGAAGGUGACGAGGAAGAGGAAGUUAUUAGUGAUGAUGAAGAUGAUGAUGAGGAUGAUGAUGAAGAUGAUGAUGAAGAUGAUGAUGAAGAUGAUGAUGAAGAUGAUGAUGAUGAAGAUGAUGAAGAUGAUGAUGAUGAAGAUGAUGAUGAAUACGAUGAAAAGGAUGAUGAAGAUGAUGAUGAAGAGGAUGAUGAAGAUGAUGAAGACAAAGAUGUACAGAGUAGUGUUUUUGGUCGCCAUCAUCGAAGACAUCAUCGAGGAGGAGCAAAAUUUUGUUUCAUGCGUUGCGGUAAAACUUUACGUGAAUGCCGCAGGAAAGGUGGUUCCCGGAAGGAGUGCAUUCUCGAAUUUAAAAAGUGUAUGAAAAAAUGCGUCCAUGGUGGAAGGCCUCCUUAUCCACCUAGGCCCAGAUUUAUGAGAUGUGGGAAAAAGUGUUUCUUUGCCUUACUUGGCUGUUUGAAAUCUAAUUCAACAAAGAGUGAUUGCUUGAUGGCAUUCAAAGAUUGCGUGCAAGACUGCAAAAAGAAUCAUUCAAGAAAUCACACCAUUCCUGCUCAGGAGUGUCUGAUAGACACAGAGAAAAUGAUUGAUUGCUUAAGGAUGGCGCCGAGGUUACGGUGUAUCAUGCAGAUGAAACGUUGGGCUAUGGGAUGCAAGAAACAAGUUUCUCUCCGAAAUCAUACAAUCAACAAUCGUCAAUGUUUCAUCAAUUGUCUACUCGAGGCCAAUACUUGCAAAAGUGGCGAUAUGCCUUUUUUUAGAUGCUACAUAAACAAGUUGAAAUGCUUGGCGAAAUGCAGGAAAACCACUGUCGUGAGGCGCCCACAUUUCCGCCCUAAAAUAACAAAGAGACUUGAAGAACUGAGACAUCGCUUUCAGCAAAGAGCGCGACCUGUGAUCCAACAGCUGAAAAGAUUACCAAAGGCACCUCGUUUCAUUCCACACAAGGUGCCCCCUUUCUGGCGUGGAUAAAGGUUAGAUAAAGUUAGAAGGAAGAAAAACUGCAAAUGAUGGGGAAAAUGACAACCUUGGUAUAUGCCUGGCCAUUUAAAACAUAUAUAUUUUGUAAUAACUGAUUAAAUAAUAAUGGGAACAAAUUGGGAUAUCUAGUGUGACAGUAUAUAAAGCUUAAUUUUAAUACGAUUUCUAAAUAUAAUGAGAAUACUAUAAAAGCUAUUUUAACAACUUG